CUGACUCCUUCCUUCUUCAGUCGAAAGCAGAAGAAGGUUUUUUCCAUUUGCUCCAUUCAACUCCAUAAACUUCAACUAGAAAAUGUCGGCAACGUUCGUCGUUAUGCUCUGCCUCGUCGCUUUCUCCUCUGCUGCUCCUCAAUUGGCGGUCCCAGUACCGGUAUUUGCUCAACGACCAUUGGAUCCGGUUUGUCUCUUGCCACCACUCAACCCCAAAGUGCGUUGCAAUCAAUUUUCCAUCAAGUGGUACUACGACUCUGCUACCAGGGAUUGUGAAAAGAUUUUCUACACUGGCUGUGGAGGAUCUGAAAAUCUAUUCGCCAGCGAAGACCUUUGCGAAUUGCGCUGUGAUCAAGAUAAUUUCGACAGCUACGAGAGCGUUGAGGACUUCCAGCAAUAUCCCUCGUUGCAGAAAUUCAGAUAUUACGUUCUUGGCAAGUAAUCAGUUGAUGUAAAAUGCUUUUCUCUAGCACAACGUUGUUAUUUUUUUUAUUUUAAAAAGUAAUUUAAAGACUUGUUCUUACAUUGAUCACAUGGAUUGUCUUUCAAUGUAAUCUAUAUUAUUCAGUUAAAAUUAAUUUUGAAUACACUUCUUAUUUACUCACACAA